AUGAAUAGCACAACGUGUGACAAUCCACUGCGUGCAAAGUCGUACCGACUGAACCUAGAUGACAUCCAGAACCUGGGGUCCCUGUAUCUGUUUGAGAACAAUAGGAAAAUCGCCAAAUACAAUGAGGAAAUCGACCUGCUCAAGGAACAACUGAACUACCUGAACGAGAAAAUGGGAAAAUGUGGAUACGUGCAUAAGGUUAUCGAGCCUGCGAAGCCCUCAGAGGUGACCUUCUGGUACUACGAACUGAAAGAAAUGAAAGAAUUUCAAGACCUGGUGAUGUACGAAAUAAAGAAGAAAAAAAAGCACUUCAAGAUUUUGAGCCAGAGCUGCGUGAAGUAUCUAACCAACCGUGAAAAAAUAAAACAAAAAAAAUUAGAAGAGGAGGAAAAGCGAUUGAAGACUCACUCGAAACACAUCUCAUCCUUCAUGGACAUGUUUUGGAAGAAAAUUGAAAAGUUGGUUUGGGAAGAGAAGAAGAGGGAGUUGCAGAAAACUCUAAAUAAAAAAAAGGAAAUGCGAUUUAAAAGAUUUGUUAAAAAUGCAAUUAAGAAAAUUAAACGAGCUAGACAAGAGAAUGUGCAUGAGCUUUUCGUCAACAGACAUGCUAGUAUAAGCUCCUUCAAUCCUAGUGAGAAUAUUACAUGCUCUUCGCACCAGGGUCCCACGGAGGGCAGUAAUGACCGGAGCAGCGUGGGAAGUAGCAAACGGGUCAGCAGGUUAAGCAGUGAAGGGAUUAAUAGGGUAAGUAACGAACGGGUGACCAGACGAAGGAGCAAACGAGUGAGUGCUGCAAACUUCGAACUGAGUAAUGAGGGAAGCACCGCCCGAAGUAGCGCGAACAAUACCGAGGAUGCUGGCCUGCACAACUUGGCGGAUGAUGAAUUGAAGGAAGAGGACCUGACCAAUCAGGAAGAGGAAGACGUGUUGCUGGACGAGCAAAUGGAGUCCAGCGACGAGUCGGAGGAAAAGGGGAGGGAAAUCAGCCUCCUGGACGAUGAGGCCAACAUGCCCAUUGAGGAGCUGAUCAAGAGGAUGUACGGCUUUAAGAGUGGUGAGGAGUACCUCGAUAUGAUGCGCGAGGGUGGGGGAUCAGCCGGUGAGGAAGAGGCGGCAGAGGAAGGCGCAGAAGAAGAUGACGCAGCAGAAGAAGACGCAGCAGAAGAAGACGCAGAAGAAGACGGCGCAGCAGAGGAAGACGCACCGAAGGAGAACGAGAAGAAAAGAAAGUUCGAAGAAACGGAUGAGGCAGACCCGCCAAUCACAUCCAACGUAACGAAGAAGAGCGAUGCGCACACCGAACGGAGGAGAAAGAAGAGGAGGAGGAGAAGAAGAAGAACACGCCACAACCGUAGGGACGACGGAGGGGACCUGAGCGAGUCUUCCUUGUCUAGCACCUCCAACGAUGAUAUGAUGGAGUGUAAUAUGGACGAGAAGCACUUGACCAUAAUACCUCCCUUCAUAAAGGCAACCCUGAGGGAUUAUCAACACGCAGGGUUGCACUGGUUACUCUACCUGUACAAGAAUAACAUAAAUGGAAUAUUGGCAGACGAAAUGGGUUUAGGAAAAACGUUACAAUGCAUUUCUCUUUUGAGUUACCUGGCGUACCACUUCAACAUAUGGGGGCCCCACUUAAUAAUUGUACCCACGUCAAUCCUUAUAAACUGGGAAAUCGAAUUGAAGAGAUUUUCUCCUUGCUUCAAAAUAUUAUCCUACUUUGGAAAUCAGAAUGAAAGAUAUAAAAAGCGAGUUGGGUGGUUCAACAAGGACUCGUUUCAUGUGUGCAUAUCUAGUUACUCCACAAUUGUUAAGGAUCAUCUGAUUUUUAAAAGAAAGAAAUGGAAAUACAUUAUCCUAGAUGAAGCUCACAAUAUAAAGAAUUUUAAUACGAAGAGGUGGAAUAUCAUUUUAAGCUUGAAGAGGGACCAUUGUCUUUUAGUCACUGGUACCCCUUUACAGAAUAGUUUGGAAGAGCUGUGGUCUCUGCUCCAUUUCCUCAUGCCAAACAUAUUUACAUCCCAUGUAGAUUUUAAGGACUGGUUUUCAGAUCCGUUAAACUUGGCCAUACAGAAGAGUAAAAUAAAUGACUCGAGAGAGCUCAUCGACCGGUUACACACAGUGAUAAGACCUUAUAUUUUAAGGAGAUUAAAAAAGAAUGUGGAAAAAGAAAUGCCAAAUAAGUAUGAACAUAUAAUUAAAUGUAAGUUAACCAGGAGACAACAAGUGUUAUAUGACGAAUUCAUUCAAAAUAAACAAGUUCAAAAUACACUCAACAGUGGGAACUACAUAGGUUUAAUGAAUAUACUCAUUCAGCUGAGAAAGGUUUGUAACCAUUGUGACUUGUUCACAAAUAAACAUAUUCAGACCCCAUACUUUUAUUUACUCCCCAUCAGUUUUUUUAUUCCGCGUUUUUUUAUCCUAUUUGAGAAGACUUACCACCUGGACUUUCAACUUAUUUUGUUCCUCCACAAGGAAUUCACCUCCCUGGGAGGUGUUCCUCGUUACCGUCAGCAGAAUGGAAAGAGUAAAUCUAAUCAACCAAAUGAUAGGCGUGCGAAUAGCUUUAUAAAUAUGCAGCUACCCGACCCCGCACACACCUGUUACCACACAUUUGCGCAUCACGCGGGUGAAAGAAAGAAACCUGUUAACGUUAUGCCGAAUGCGGAGCAGCCAACGGGUGUAAUCUCGACUUUUCAAUUCAUGCAAAGUAUAACACCCCAGGGGGGAGUAAACGAGGUGUGUGCCAUAAGUGAUGCUACUCAGCAUGGGAUUGAUGUUAUCCCUGUGCAGCCCGUUACAAAGGAUGAAACAUUACUCUUCCCUCCCGCUAGUGAAGCUCAUCACGGACCCCAACUGGGCCAAACGGUUGGAAGUCUUUAUAACGAGAUAAACGGUGGGCCGUACAGUCCUACUCAGCUUAUCUCCUCACUUGGAAGAAGCAACUCAUUCACUCGUCAUACGAAUGGGAUGAAGAGGGCGCGUCCCUCAAGUGAUGAACAUAUUGUGAAUUAUCCCCCUAACGCAAUGAAGAACAAUACGGUUACUUCCGCUGAGGAGAUAAAAGCUUUGUCUAUUUCUAACCUGCGCCACGGUAGAGGAGGUGCCCCACCAAUAAACAUGGAAGAUGUAAACAUGUACCUGAACAGUCAGAUAAAAGGGAACAGUGUGCCAAGGAAUUUUCUCACCUACUCUGAAGAAUUCGUGUAUGAAAUGAACAACAACUAUGACACUCUGGGUCGUUUUAUCGACCCUGCUAACAAGCAUCGCAGUUACGGUGAGUACCUUUACCGCACGUUGAAGGAUGUCACUCCGUGUGGCCUAGCAAGUACGGCAGGGGGCGAUCACCAAAACAAGGUUACCUUCAACAAGCAUGCAUCCAAUGAGGCCAUAAAUAACCGUUGUCAAAAUUUUCUUUACAAAUAUAACAUGAAGGUAAUUAACAGCGACACGCAGUAUAAAAAUUUUUUCUCAGAUCAGACGAACCAGAGCUACCUGAAUUCAUUGGAGCACAACUUGUGGGUUAAGAGGCAACGAAGAUUUGAGGAGAAGGAUAGGAGGAGGGAGGAACAGCUAAAAGAGACCUUCACCAAUGAGUACAAUUUGUUAAAGAAUGACAGAACCCCUCUCUUUGGGACCAACCUGCUGAGCUUACUUAGGCGCGAAUUUUCCCGAGAUGGGUUUGUGCCUUACCACUCGAGUAAUAAUCUGGCUGUGGGGUCUUUCCUCAUGCGGGAGGUGCGUGCAGAUGAUGUACGUGUGGCGGCGAAUGAGGCGUGUGCAGGUGGGGCGGCGAGUGCGACGUGUAGGGGUGAAGCUGGGGCGGCCGUCCUCGAGACGCUCUUCCCAACAAUGGACCUCUUCCUAACGACGCACCAGCGAGAAAUACACAACUUCACCCUGAUGAACACGCCCGCUGUGAUUAGUAGCAGCCACAGAAUUGCAAUCAACAACAACCUGUUGCAAAAUUGUAGCCACCUAGAACCCAUUCUACAACGGAUCAAGGUAGCUACCAGGGUGUACCAUGAGCCCUUCCACAAGCAAUCGAUCAUCUUCCCCUUAAACAAAGACAUCACCUUGGGCAGUGGAAAAUUAUUUGCUCUAGAGAAAUUAUUGAAUAAAUGCAAAAGGGAAGGAAACAAGUGUUUGCUGUUUACUCAGUUUAUUAAAAUGCUCGACAUCCUGGAGGUCUUUCUGAAUCACCUGAAUUAUACAUUUAUCAGAUUAGACGGAUCCACCAAAGUCGAACAGAGACAAAAAAUUGUAACCAAAUUUAAUAAUGACAAAACCAUUUUUUUAUUUAUUUCUUCUACACGUAGUGGUAGCAUAGGAAUCAACUUGACUGCAGCCAACGUGGUUAUUUUUUAUGACACUGACUGGAACCCUUCCAUCGACAAGCAGGCCAUGGACAGGUGUCACCGAAUCGGGCAGACCAAGGAUGUGCAUGUGUUUAGGUUUGUCUCGGAGUACACUGUGGAGGAAAACAUUUGGAAGAAGCAACUUCAGAAGAGGAAGCUUGAUACCAUUUGCAUCAGCAUGGGUAAUUUUAGUAACCUCAAUAAUGAGUCUCUGCUGGUGGGUGCGGGCCAUGCGUCGGUUGGAGGUAAUGCGUCAUGUGCAGGUGAAAAGAAUAACCCGCUGUCGAGUGACGGAAAAGACACCCAUGCGAAUGUCCCUGCAAGCAUUGCAGACGUGAUGAGCGGGAGGGGCAAUGCAAUACCCAAUAACGAUUCCGCAAGCAAGGACUGGUUUGCUAAUGCUGAUACGAUUAAAGAAAUAUUUAUUAACAAAAGGAACAACGAUGAGGAUGAAGAUAUUUACCAGGACAGACUGUUGCAUGAACACAUGGACGAGUCAGACAAAACCAACGUGCGAUUUGAGAAGACGCUGGAACACGUGGAGGACAAGGACGACAUCAACGCCCUGCGUGAAAACAAAAAGGAAACACUCCACGCCAUUUCACAAGACCUGCAAGAAUUUGCUAACAAAAAUGACUUCCAUGACACCUACACCCUCACUUCCUACUGCUUCAAUUUUCUGAAUGAUAAUCUGACGGACAGCUUGAAGCAACAGAUCGACGAAAUGAAAAUGAAAAUUGAAAUCGAAAUGAUGAAUGUGGGGGAGGAUGAGGAGGAGGAUGAUAGCGGCGGUGAUGAGGAGGACGGCGACGACGAACAUGGCGAUGAGGAGGAUGGCGGUGACGACGAACAUGGCGAUGAUGAGCACAGUGAUGACGACAACCCCACCCUCGACGAGGCAUCACCGUCGUCCUCCACAGAAACAGACAGUUUGAACCAGCAGUGA